AUGGACCUCUUUCCUUUCAAUGUUUUGAUCUUGGAGCUGGAGCAAGAUCACGAGAUCCUCGCCGCUAACCACUUCCCUCAGACGCGAGGAGCCGUAGCAUCCGAGCCCGGCACAGUCGAGACCGUCAUAGUCGAGACCGGUACAGUCGAGACCGGCACAGUCCUUGCCGAUCCUCUGCCCACCGCCAACUUUGGCAAAAACGGCGAGGAGAUGACCUUGUUCGGCACCAUCGAGGAAGUCGUCAAGGAAGUCGCGAGCAUUAAUCCCGACUACGUGUGGGCCGAGCAGGACCCGAACACCGCGCACACCGCCGGCCUCGAGGAGGACGACGCCUGGCUCGAGCGCAAGGUGAGCAAGUUGGACUGCUCCGCCAUCGGGACCAGGGCCCUGCGGAACCCCAUCAAGAUGGGCAUCCACUACCUGUACACCAAGCCCAAAGACACGUGCCGUCUCGAGGCCAGGUCGUGCACCCGCGUGAGCUGCUCGUGGGACUCGGCCAUUUACGUCUGCUUUGAUCCCAACAAAGACUCGCCCAAGGUGUACGAGUUGCCCUGGUGGUACGUGGCCGACUACGCUAAGGGCCUCUUUUGA